CUCGACGAAAAAGGAACCCACCACACCAAAACACCACUAUUUGUAAUUUAAUACUUCAUUUAAUAAUGUGAUUUUAAUGCAUCAACCAGUUUCUUCCCACUCCAGUCCAAGGCCUGUAUUCAUCUUCUGACUCGUUGCCACACAAAAAAAAACACUUCUUUUAAACAGAUGCAAACUAGAAAGAUCACGUCUUUUUUUUUACCACGUCUUGUUCUUUCGAGAUGCUAAUAUAUUGCAAGGAUUUAAACUACAAAAUAAUGCUUGAUAUCUUGGUAAACUUUUUAUAAAUAAAUCACAGAAUGAUGAAGACGAUAUCAAAGAGCAAAGAGAUAACAGGUAAUUAACUGAUAUAAAGCUUUUAAUAAAUUUUUUGAAAUGUUCUGAUAAGUUGCAGUUUUAGGUAUCGGACGAGGAUUGCUAUAAUGUUGAUGCUAGCUGCUUUGAGUUUGUUUCUCGUUAGCACAGCCUUUAUGACUUUGCCAAUUGUGGUUGGAAGAGUAUUCUCUUACUCUAUCUCCUUCAUCCUGCGAAGAUUUGGAAUCACACAUGACGAAUUUGCAUUUGAUCAUAUUCUGACGGGAAGAACUGAUUUGCAACUAAUAUUCACCUUCUGGACCAUUUCGACAUUGCUCACGCCUAUCAAGUGUUUCGCAACCAACGCAUGGCGAAGGAAGUUCAAGAGAAUCAAGAACGUGGGAAUCAAUAAGCUUCCUUCAAUGUGGAUGCUUCGAGAUGUGAUUGGCUCCAUCAUAAACACACUUCUAACCACACUAUCCAUCCCUUACGUGUUGGUGAAGUCUCUGUUACCGUUGCUUGGAUAUUCCCAAAGCUUCAAUGCAGUUAUUGAGCUGUUUAUCUGGCCAGCAUCAUUAGCCUUGAUUGUGGUUUGGUUCAUUACAAAGCUAUAACAUUUGAGAUUAUUAUCUACUUGCACCAGUUGAUAUUCAAUGAACUGUAUAUGCUGGGUGAAAGAGUGGGGGAUUUGACUGAAGAUCUCUAGAGCAGAAGGGAGAGUAUGAAAAACAAAACAAGAAUUCUUUUGUUGAUAGUCAAGUCAAAAUAUGUUAGCAAUGGUUAGGUUUCUAUUGCGGUAGAUGUUGUCUUAUUUUUGAAUGAGAUAUUUGUUAUCAAGCAGUGUAUUUA